AUGGCACCAACACAAGCAUCCCACCUCCCGACAACCCUCCGCUCACCAACCCACCCAAUUCUCCUCCGGACCCUGGAACCAUCCGACUUCGCCGCCGUCUCGGCCGUGCUCUCGGACCCGGAGAAUACAAAGUACGAUCCGCAUGCGUCGGCUGUCUCCCCCGAGGUGGCCAAGAUUGUGAUUGCGAGGAUGAGGGAGAGCGCUGGGGUGCCGAGUGUUGUUGAUGAGGGUAGUGGGAGAGUAGUGAGUGGGCCGGGGAGGGUUAAUCUGCUUGUUGUUUUUGUUGGUGAUGAUGAUCAUCACAAUCAAAAAGACAGCGACAACACCACUCCAGAGGGGACGGUGAUUGGAUUCGGCGGGUACGGCGGCAUCAACGAGCACGAGGAGGAAGACGGGCGGACGGUGAGGGUCGGGGAUGUGGGCGUCAUGAUUAAUUCGGCGUUUCGGGGCCGGGGGUUCGCGGCUGAGGCGGUACGGUUGGCUGUCGAGUGGGGGUUUAAGGGGGUUGCGGAGGGCGGGCUGCAGCUUGAGAGGGUGAGUGCUACGAUGAGCGAGAGGAAUGUGCCGAUGAGGGGGUUGGUUGAGGGGAGGUUUGGGUGGAAGGGGGUUGUGAAGCCUGGUGAGAAGGAGGGGGAUGGGGAGGUGUUUUUUGAGGUUACGGGGGAGACGUGGAGGAAGUGA